AUGAUCGAUCCGGUGAGCCGGAAUUGGCCGGAGAAUGCAAGGAUGCUGACAGGAAGGAUUCCUCUCGGCAAUAUAACUAACAAGAAACUUAACGACAUUGGUGCUACCAAUGCAUUCAAGAAAGCGACUACUCGAGAACUCAAGGGGUUCGACGCCCCAAUUUGGAAAAUGGCGGAGAACAGGAAGCUGCAUGACAACGGAAGGAUCACACUGAACAGGCCGAUGGUACCUCUUGUCUCAUCUUCCAUGGACACAACAUACGACACCAGAUCGAACAAGAUCUCCAGUGUCUUGCCAUCAGUCUUCAAGUCGGCAGACGCCAGGUUGCCGCCUCUGAAGCCCUCGGAGUCACCAGCGCUUGACAGUGCAAGCGCUCAUCAUCAGACCAACAUGGUAGCAAUGGAAGUCAAGCGGCACUUUGAGAAGAAGGAAGCUUUCAUCGGGAGAAACCUCUCCUCGGCCAACUUUUCCAACACGGCAGCACACAAGCAUUUUCAGCAACAGGCUAUGGCUGGGACCAAACAUCACGAUCACGACAAUAGGAUCCUGCAGCAGGGGGGUGGUUUUUCUGCAGCAACAAAGGAAAAUCAGCUGUUGGGCGUUGAUUUCUCUGAUGUGCACAGGAAGGAGAACAGAAGUCGCCUGCAGACAUUGAAAGCUAUCUAUUGUAACAACAACAUCUCCAUCGCACAAAAUGAUAACAAGAGUUCACACCCUGCGAAUGCCACUAUUGCAUCGCACCCCAAGAACGAGGAAUGUUCCGCACAGAGCAGAAAGCACAACAAGAUCCUGAACUUGCAGAAGAGAGUCAGGUUCGCGGAGAAACUGGAGGUAACUUGCAAGACCCUCCGGGUCCCGGAGGAAGCCAUAAAUGAGGAGGAGACCCCCGAAGCCCCACAGGCGACAGGGACGGGAGACAGGAUAUUCCAACGAAGAUCUUUAAAUGCGAGCACAGCAUUUCCCUCGGUUGUGAAACAGCCGGAGAAUCCAAACCCAGGCAGCACCUUCAGUCGAGGGACGAUCGUUAUGCUGCGAGGGAACGUGCGUUACGGCGAUUCUCUGCUGCCGGAGAGCAGGAAGAAGCCAUAUGGCCAAAAGCCGAAAGAUUCCAAGCCCAUUCAGCAGAGCAUUCCAUCCGUCCAAAGCUUGAGAGAGAAGAGAGGAGGCGGACACAGUCCGAGCAAUGCUCGAGAAAUCGCCAUCCUGCCGAACCAGAAGCUAUGCCAGGUCCUCUGCUUGCAGAUGAAGGCUCCUGUGUCAGGAAAGAAGCAGUUAACCCCAUGA